UGUCACCUCAGUUAUCAUUGACACGAUCUCUAGCGCCAGUGCUCCUUUCAACUCCAAACUUAAGUGACAACAUCUACUUUCAACUCAAAGCUAACUUCAAUGGAUUCUUCUUCAGAUCUGCGAGCACCAAACGUCGCCAUGGGAGUUCAGAGAACGGAAGGGAACCCACUUGACCUUAAUAACUUACCUGCAGAAGACUACUCUAUAGAUGGUAAACAACACCUUGACGAUACCUCUUCUAAUUGUGAUGGAGGGUAUAGGAAAAAGAAAAGCGGCGGCGGCGGCGGCGUGGAUGAGUGCGGGAAGGUGUAUGAGUGCAGGUUUUGCUCCCUCAAGUUCUGCAAGUCUCAAGCUCUAGGGGGACAUAUGAACCGCCACCGCCAAGAGAGGGAAACAGAAACGCUAAACCGAGCUCGGCAGCUUGUUUUCAGUAGUGACACGAACAUAUUAGCUCAAGGGCCUCAUCACAUUAUGGGGUAUCAAACAAGCAACAUGGGCAUGUACCCGACAAGGAUGUUUCCCGGAACCUCCACCGCCGCUGCAGCCAUACCACCACCGCCUCCUCCCGGACAGCGGCCGCAUCAACAAUUUAUGUACGCUUCCUCUCCACAGUAUCCAGUGAAUGACUAUUUAGUCGGCCCCAUCCUCUCCACCACCCAAUCCAACCCUAAUAACUACACCGCCGCCGUGCCUAACCUAGAAAGCAGCUACACCUGCAUCGGCGCUCCGGUGAAGCAUGGGGCGUUACCCGGCGGCGGAAUAGGCAGCUUGGGAGCUGUCCCCACCAGCGGCGGUGGUGGUAGAGACAUGCAGCCGCUCUACACUAAUGCUCCGCCGAUCAGUCGGUUUCAAGACGGGUUCUAGCUUAGUCUACGUAUGUAGGUCAGGUCUUGUAGCUUCUAGCUGGCUUAUUAGUGAGUUUUAAUUUGGUUUUUUGUUUUUAAAUGGAAAAUGAAAAAAGGAAGAAAAUGUGACUGAAACACUAAUCUGAUCGGAAAAAGAGAGAAUCCCAGAAAAAGAAAAAGUUGAUUAAACUUAUUUAUGGAUUGGAUUAUUGGAAUCUGUGUAUUUUGUAAUGUUUUUGUACAACAAAAGAACUGUUGUUAGUCACUGUUGUUGGGCUAUGUCUUGUCUGGGAUAACGUAACAACGUACGGAGUAGUAAUUGGAUUUCAACUGAAUGUCACUCACCAG